AUGAGUACAAAAAUGAAUUUACUGGACUCACGUACAGUAAUGGGGGAUCUAGGAUGGAUAGCCUACCCAAAAAAUGGGUGGGAAGAAAUUGGUGAGGUGGAUGAAAACUAUGCUCCAAUACACACAUACCAAGUAUGUAAGGUAAUGGAACAGAAUCAGAACAACUGGCUUCUGACCAGCUGGAUCUCUAAUGAAGGGGCAUCCCGCAUCUUCAUUGAGCUCAAAUUCACCCUGAGGGACUGUAACAGGCUUCCAGGAGGACUUGGGACCUGCAAGGAGACUUUUAACAUGUAUUACUUUGAAUCAGAUGAUGAAGAUGGGAGGAACAUCAAAGAAAACCAGUACAUCAUGAUUGAUACCAUUGCUGCUGCUGAGAGCUUUACGGAGUUAGACCUCGGCGACAGAGUAAUGAAGCUCAACACGGAGGUAGACGUUGGGCCCCUAACAAAAAAGGGAUUUUACCUCGCUUUCCAGGACGUGGGUGCCUGUAUUGCCCUGGUCUCCGUGUGUGUGUACUACAAGAAAUGCCCAUCAGUAAUCCACAACCUGGCCCACUCCCCUGACACCAUCACGAGCACGGAUUCCUCGCAGAUCCUGGAGGUGACAGGUGUGUGCAUCAACCACUCAGUGACUGAGGAGGCACCAAAGAUGCACUGCAGUGCAGAGGGGGAAUGGCUGGUGCCCAUUGGGAAGUGCUUGUGCAAGGCAGGGUACGAGGAGAACAACACCUGCCAAGCACCUUCUCCAGUCAGUACUGUGAAAAAAGGAACGAUAACUAAAAAUAGCAUCUCCCUUUCCUGGCAGGAGCCAGAUUGACCCAAUGGCAUCAUACUGGAAUAUGAAAUCAAAUAUUUUGAAAAGGACCAGGAGACGAGCUACACCAUCACCAAGUCCAAAGAGACAACGAUUACAGCGGAUGGCUUGAAGCCAGGCUCAGUGUACGUCUUCCAGAUCCGAGCCUGGACAGCUGCCGGCUAUGGGGGCUUCAGCCGAAUAUUUGAGUUCGAAACCAGCCCAGUAUUAGCUGCAUCUGGCGACCAGAGCCAGAUUCCUAUAAUUGUUGUGUCUGUAAUGGGAGUCAUUCUGCUGGCUGUUGUUAUCAGUUUCCUUCUCAGCAGAAGGCAAUGUGGCUAUAGCAAGGCUAAGCAAGAUCCAGAAGAAAAGAUGCAUUUUCAUAAUGGCCACAUUAAGCUGCCUGGAGUGAGGACCUAUGUUGACUCCCACACCUACGAGGACCCUAAUCAAGCUGUCCACGAGUUUGAUAAAGAAAUUGAAGCUUCAUGCAUAACCAUUGAAAGAGUUAUUGGAGCUGGUGAAUUUGGGGAAGUCUGCAGUGGGAGACUGAAGCUGCAGGGAAAGUAUGAGUUUCCAGUGGCUAUCAAAACCCUGAAGGUGGGCUACACAGAGAAACAGAGAAGAGAUUUCUUGGGAGAGGCAAGCAUCAUGGGGCAGUUUGACCACCCCAACAUCAUCCACCUGGAAGGCGUUGUCACAAAAAGCAAACCAGUAAUGAUAGUGACUGAAUACAUGGAAAAUGGCUCUCUGGAUACAUUUUUAAAGAAGAAUGAUGGGCAGUUCACAGUCAUCCAGCUGGUCAGGAUGCUGCGGGUCAUAGCAUCAGGAAUGAAGUACCUGUCUGACAUGGGUUACGUGCGCAGAGAUCUGGCUGCCAGGAACAUCCUGAUCAACAGCAACUUGGUCUGCAAAGUGUCGGACUUCGGCCUCUCCAGAGUCCUAGAAGAUGACCCUGAAGCAGCGUACACAACCAGGGGAGGGAAGAUCCCCAUUCGAUGGACAGCCCCUGAAGCGAUUGCCUUCCGCAAAUUCACAUCUGCCAGCGAUGUCUGGAGCUACGGCAUUGUAAUGUGGGAGGUGAUGUCCUAUGGUGAGAGGCCUUACUGGGAAAUGACAAACCAAGAUGUGAUUAAAGUCGUGGAGGAAGGCUAUCGCCUGCCAAGUCCCAUGGACUGCCCUGCUGCUUUCUACCAACUAAUGCUCGACUGCUGGCAGAAAGACUGCAACAGCAGGCCCAAGUUUGACGAAAUUGUCUGCAUGUUGGACAAGCUCAUCCGUAACCCGAGCAGCUUGAAGACAUUGGUUAAUGCAUCAAACAGAGUGUCGAAUGUGUUGGUAGAGCACAGUCCAGUCAGGAGUGGUGCUUACAGGUCCGUGGGUGAGUGGCUGGAAGCCAUCAAAAUGGGCUGAUACACAGAAAUCUUCAUGGAGAACAGAUACAAUUCAAUGGAUUCGGUGGCUCAGGUGACCCUAGAGGAUUUGAGACGUCUGGGAGUGACACUUGUUGGUCACCAGAAGAAGAAAAUGAACAGCCUUCAAGAGAUGAAGGUCCAGUUGGUGAAUGGGAUGGUGCUGUUGUAACAUGGUUUUUAAAGUUGCUUCCUCAAGUGGGUUGGUCCAGCACUUUGUACUCUAGCCCUGAGAUUUAUUUUGACCAAAAAAAAAACAAAAAAAAAACCAAGAAAACAAGAAAAGAUAAAAAGGGAAAUUCAGUAGUUUCUAUAACUGAAGGAUGUUGGCCUCUGCUGCAGCAUUUCUAAAGCAGUGUUUGACUAAAGUUUUGCUUUUCUUCCUAUUUGUGUCCUCAUUUUCAUGAAGUCAAUGUAAGAUGCAUGGAACGUGGAAAUGAAUCUGCUGUACAUGAGGUUAACCAGUCUCAAUCUUCAGCAGUGAUGACAAGCCUUCCACCAUGUGUUGUCUGUACAUGGGAGGUACAUAUAUAUAUAUAUAUAUAUAGCACCUUUAUAUACUGAAUUGCAGCAGCACAUGGUAAAGGGCUGACUUGAAUGGAGGAUUUUUGUGGCCAUUCAUAGACUUCCAA